AUGGCCUGGUGGGCGCCGAAGGUGAGGCGAGAGGGGCUGGCGCGAGGCCGAGGCUGCUUCUCUCCCCUCAGGCCGCCCCGCCCGGCGCCCCUCCCUCUCGCGUGACCUUGCGUGACCUUGCCGGGGGGGGGGGCCUCUCCGCGCCUCCCCUGGAAGGCUCUGCUCCCCGCUCCGCCCACUGGGCCUGCUGGCCGGGAGGGCGCGGGCGGAGGAGGCUGCCCGGCCCGGGGCGCCGGCGCUGGUCUUUGCUUGACCCGGCAGCUUCCCACCCCGAAUUGCCCACAAAGGACAUUUGUUUAUUGCUAUUAAUUAGUCAUUGGUUAGUGUUGGGUGCUAAUAACCACAUGUCAUUGCAUUUUGUUCAUGGCAGUUGAAUCACGACAGGAAAGUGAAGGAAGGAAAGGGCAAGUAACUGAGGAAGGGGACGAAGGAGGACGCGCUCUUGAAGCAGAAGAGAGGCCAUGGGGGCUUCUCCUCGGGGCAUCUGUUCGGUUACUGCGAGCUGGCCCAGUGGUGAAGGGUUGGACUCUGACCCUGGAGGGACCAGAGUUCAAAUCCUUAGCCAUGAAACUCACUGGGUGACCUUGGGCCUGCCCCUUGUCUCUUGGCCCAGCCUCCCUCACAGGGUUGUGAAGAUAAAAUUUGGAAGGGAGAACCAUGUACUGCACCUUGAGCUCCUUGGAAGGAAAGGUGACAUAUAAAUGUGAUAAAUAUGUAAACAGGAUUCUGGGCUAGUUUCUGUUUCACACAGUGCCCAACCAGGUACCUCUGGGAUGCUCAGAAGCAGGGUUGGAAGGCAACUCAGUGGUGUUAUUGUACUAUUUUGUUAGUGUGGGAAGAGAGUCACGGAUAAAACUGAGUAAAUUUCUUUCACCUCUCAUUCACAUGUGGAUAAAUGACUGGAAAGGGGAGGGAUGGCAGUCAUCUUUCUUGGUAUAUUUUGGUUUUUUAAGUGACUGAUAGUAUUUUUUUCCUCAAAUCUAAGCUUCAACCCGUUUUCAUCCCAUCCUUUAUUGGAGGUAUUAUUCCAUUGGAUUUCCUCACACACUUAGUUGGCUUGCUUUCUUCUAAUUAAAAUGCCUUUGUUACUCUUUCCCAAGGGCUUGAAGUGUGUUAGCAAUAGUAUUCAAAUUUUAAAAUAAUUGCAGCAACUCUGUGAAAGAGUGAGUUGGGUAGACUGGCAAUGCACUUUAAAGUGUUUGGUUACUUUGUGGAGUGUUCCCUGUCAAGCUCAGAAGCACUUUUGUGAAGGGGAUAUUCUGUUUAUUGUCAUGGCUUUGCAUCCUUUAUCAGCAGAAGAUUGCUUUUGCUGAAUAUGUCAAAGGAGCUGUGUUACUAAAGAGCAAUGUGAUAGUUCCAGAUGCUUCAUCACCCCUGUUUUCUCUGUAUGAUGCUCACUAUCAUGCAAAGAGAAGAAAAGUCCAAAGUGCUGGUGCAAAAAUGCCCAUGAGAGAUGGUCAGAGUUUGUUAAUAAGCUUUGCAGCUGAGUGUGUGACUUGAACUUUGAGGCUUAUUCCCAUACAGAGCUGGUUGCAGCAGUGUGAAUCCUAAAUCUGAAUAAGGGGUGAGAACACUUUGCUCCAUGAGGGAAAGCACUCUGCUUGCUGCCAAAAUCUAGCCUGCCAGUUGUAGUCUAUAGGUCAUACUGGUUCCUGUCAGAUGGGGAGGAAAACAGGAGAGAGGGCAGUUUGGGCUGUGGGAAUUGAAUGUUUCCGAAUCAGGUUUGAGCAAAUGUGAUAGUUACUGUGAUCUGUGUAUGCACCCAGCCAGGUGUGGCAACAAACGUGUCAUAUUCCAGACUACUAUGGAACAUUAUGUUGGCUGUCCUUUCCUCAAAUGGGUGAAGAGGUUUUUCCUGUGCUGCUCUUGUCCAUUAGGGAGAAUGGUUGAGCGCUUGGAUUAUGCAGGGUCAGUGGAGCAUGUUGCUACUUGUGCUUGUCAAGAUUAAAUGUGACAUGGCCUCUUGUCCUCAAGUAAUCUUGACAAUUUUCUGGCUUGCUGAAGUGAUACAAAAAGAAUGGGCUUGGUAAAAAUUGAUAUUCUACUCUGACUUCUCUUUUGGAGCUGGUGAAUUUGGCUGGUCAUACUGCAGCAUCUUUCAAUCUCAGAAUAUGUAGUGAUGGUAUUCUAUCAGAUAUGUAAGAGGUGACAUUGUAGGUCUGUUGCUGCAUAUGGUGCAAUUCAUGUCCUUCCAUAGUGUCUAGUUAAAUAUGUUUUGCAGAUUUUCAUGCUACUUCAUAUUGCAGCUCUCUGUAGCACAUCACUGCAACAGACUCUGUAUUUGAUGUGAUUGUUGUGGGUGCAAUAAGCUUUCCUCAUCACAAUUUCAAGAGUACUUAUGGAAUUGUAUUUGCAAUUAUGGUUGUGUUGAGAAAAGAGAGAUGUAUAUGUAGAUGAGUACCCACUUGACUCUUGAAAGGAAGGAGACAUUGGGCUUCAGGAGUGGAAAACUUCAUAGACAGCAAUCCUCCUGCAGUUUGCUCCAGUCAAUUUCUCAUCUUCUUUGACACCUAUGAGAUCAGGGGGGAAAUCACAGUUAGGAACUCUUGUAAGAUAAAAAGUUCUUUCUUUUCUUGUAGGCCAUCUUAUAAUAGGUGCAUUGCAAUCAUACACGCAAACCAUUUUAUGGAGUACAGCGGUACCUCGGUUUUAGAGCAAUCCACUUUAAGAACUAUUUGAUUUUCAAACUCUGUAAAACCGGAAAUAGUGUCUUGUUUUGAGAACUUUACCUUGGUCUAGGAACCGAAUCCCAUCGAUGGAAGGGCACCGGUGGCAGGACGCCUCGUUAGGGAAAACGUGCCUAGGUUUAAGAACUGUUUUUGUUUAAGAACAGGCUUCCGGAACGGAUUAAGUUCGUAAACCGAGGUGCCACUGUAAAAGUCUUUUCACUCCUGACUUAGAAUACAGCCAUACUGAAUUAUUAUUUUUUAAUUGCCCGGAUUGUGUAACAUAUUGGCAUUUCUGCUUUUGUCACAUUUCUACAGGUCUUUCGUCUACUAGGGGCUUUCAAAGGCCAAAAACAGGUGACCAGAAGUUUUGGUAGUUCUGUGAGUAUAAUAGUAUAACUUUUUCUUUUCUUUUUGAGAAGCUUCUCAAUAAAAGUGCUAAAUACCAAGAUAAAACCAAGCUUGUGGAAUUUCUCUGCCAGUGUAGCCUAAUUCUGUUCCAAUACACUUCAGUGCAGUACCACAUUUCAGUCUAACUUGACUAAAUAGAUCUCUGUGUGGUCACACAUUUGGAGGAAACCCUGUUGAAUAGUGGCAAAAAACCAAAUCCCAACCCAAGCCUUGGUUUUUAUCACGAGUCUAAGUCUACAAAGAAAAUAAUAGUUUGUAUUUAAUGCUUCUCGGUUGGAAAAUUUCAAAGUGGUGGAGGACAGACAGUUGAGAACCUUCUUAUCUUUGGCACCAUUGUUUUGAAUAUUUUCCCCUGCAGGCAGUAGACCUAUUCAUUUUUGCUAUCUAGAGUAGAUUUCUCUGCAGCUUAAAUCCUUAAUUAUUUUAGAAUGAUUCCUCAACAGUGAUGAUAUUCAGAACUGUUUCAUUGGUUUAUUUCAACGAUUUUUAUAGUGCUUAAUUACAGUUGUCACAUAUGCUUCUAUUAGCAUAGUGUGAGCUGCCUUUUGCAAAUCUUCCAUAUUUCUUCAAGCUUGUCCAUGACUUUAUUUUGAGCGUGUUUAUUUUGUUUUUAACCUUGCUGCAAACAUAUGCUUGAUGUAUAUACUUGAUGCAUAUGUAAUAAUAAUAAAAAUCAGCAGGAGUAGGAUCUUGAAAACUGAAUAAAUUGGAGACAUUAUGCAGUUCAUCAAGGAACUGUAGUCUAUCUUAACUCAUUUAUUAUCCAGUUUUUUGAGAUGGCAGCUCAAAGCGACUUACAAUAUUUAAAGCAAAAAGCAAACACAUACAUACAUUUAAAACCAGCAAUUUAAGAAGUCUAAAAGACUUAAAAAAAAAAAAAAUCAAACAUCCCACCUCUGCAAGAAGACCAUAGAUAGUUAAAAGCCAGAGGCCUGAAGAAAGGAACCUAAAGCGAUAUAACGACAGUGCCUGGUGAUCCUCCUUGGUUCCCUCCCAAGUGUUUGUCACAUUCACACUUUAGGUACUGUAUUUUUCGCUCUAUAAGACGCACUUUUUCCCUUCUAAAAAGUAAGGGAAAAUGUGUGUGCGUCUUAUGGAGCAAAUGCAGGCUGCGCGGCUAAGCCCAAAGCCAGAACAGAGAGACGGAGCGCUAGCUUGGGGUUAGCUGCGCAAAGCCUCCACAGGGCAGUGGGGUGCCUUCACCCCGCUGCCCUGCGGAGACUUCACAGGCUGUCCCUGAAGCCAGCACAGCAAGAGGCUAUCCCAGAAGCCAGAUCCCUCUUGCUGUUCUGGCUUCUGGGGUUCAGAAUUUUUUUUCUUCCUGUUUCCUCCCCCCCCAAACUAGGUGCAUCUUAUCGUCCGGUGCGUCCUAUAGAGCGAAAAAUAUGGUACCCAUAUUAAAAUAUCUCACAUGUACAUCUUGAUGGGGAGUAAGGGAACCCUCAUAGUAGCAUUUAGUGUUUCAUAGGCAAAGAGAACUUCAAAAAAUUAUUGGCUGACAGUGGUAAUGCUGUAAUAACCAAGUGUCAGUGGAGAAUGAGGAAAUCUGGAGGAUUGUAACUUGUGUAACUGUAAAAGGAUUAGCGUUAAACGAAUAAAUCUCAGGCAAGCAGAACUGUCACUUUCAUCUGAGUAUCAUAUUCCACUUUAUUUUCAGUCGUGUGCCUUGCUGCGUAGUGAUGCUGUUCUGAAAGCUUAGUAUGCACUGUUGUUGCUUCUCUGCCGGUUGCUGCUUGAGAGGGUUGCCCUUGCUCUUGCUCUUUCUAUUUCUGUUAGAAUAAAAAGAAGAAACUUAAAACCAUGCAAACCUCAAGUGGCAUACAGAUUUCUGUCAAUCUGUGUUUAAUCAUGGUAUGUGGUGCCUUUUUUUUUUUUUUUUAAACAUCUAGGUUCAGACAGUAACUUUGAUCCCAGGAGAUGGCAUUGGACCAGAAAUAUCUGCUGCUGUUGUGGAGAUUUUCGCAGCUGCUAAAGUAAGUUACUCUUUGACUGCACGUCUUAGGUUCAGUUGGACACCAUUGGGAUUUGUUCACUUUUGGUAUAAGUUAAUGAAAGUUCAGUUGAAGGAGAGGUUCAAAAGAGCAAGGGUCUCUUGCUUUGAGAAGCAAUCUGCUUGUUUGGGAACCAUUGUUUUUCUUUUUAGGAUAGAGCAGUAGCUUUCAGAGCAACAAAUGCCUUGGCUGUGGUGUCUCUGCGCAUAACAGCAGGAGACUUUGAUGUGAUAGGCUAUUCUUGUAAUCAAAUGAGAGCUCCAAGCCAAGUCACAUAAGCUGCUUGCAGAAAAGGAUAUUCCCCAGGUGACUGUCAUCUAAGAAAGCUGAGAGAGACUCCACCAACUGGAACACUUAAAUUUAGAUUAGUCUACUGCUAUAUCAGAAGUCUUGGAUUGGUUCCAAGCCCUUGUGAACAUUGCCUAACAAAACCUCUCAGAACCAGAGAUGUUAUUUAGUUCCAGUGUGUUUUGGGAAACAUUUCUUUUGCUCCUCCAUGGACCACCUGACUACAACUCCCAUCAGUCAUUCCUAACCAAUGGCCAUGCUGAUGUGAGUAGGGAUCCAGCAACACAGGGAUAGUCAAAAGUUUCCAAUCCCUACCGUAAGAUGUUGGAGACCUGAUUUGAUUUGCUUAUUUGACUUGCCUUUAGUAAAGACCAUUUAGUUUUAGUAAAGACCUAAGAAGUCCCCACUCCACCCUGUAGCCAAUAGUAGUGGAAGUAGGUGGGGCAUGGGAUCGGGAAUCACUAAAGUGUAUUUGGUGAAAAUACUUUGUAAAUUAGAAUCCAGUCACUUAGACUUAAAGGGGUAGGGAAUGAAGGCAAUGAAGACCGAAUGAAGGCCAACAUUUUGUCCAUUCCUGUUCCCUAAUUCAACUUGCAUUGUUUCAUUUUAUUAUGUUACCAAUUUUCUAAAAAACAAUGAAUUUCUAAAAAUGGGUAAAAAAUCCACCAGAAAAUUUUCAGCUUUGCUGACAUGAACCCACUCAUGUUCAAAUUCUCAAACAUUAAUUGACAUAUAUACAAGAUUCCUGUAGGGUUCGGUACAAUAAAAUUGCUCAUCAAAACCUGCAACUAACACUUAUGAUAAUGUUGUAUAACAUUCACAAAUCCUCAUAGCAUGUUUCAGAAACCUGGCUGCUAUCUGCAUCUUAUCCCCAACCUGAGUAAGCAUAAGGAAGCUACCUAACAUUUGUCUGAAUGCCACUCCCUACUAGCAAUCAACUGAAUAAUAAACUUAGAUUGAAUUGUCUGAUGCCAGGGACAGGACAGAAGAACAUAUGCGAUGGUUUCUAUUUGCCUUUGUCCACAGGGGCAAAUGGCAUUCUGCAAAUGGCAUUUUCUAGAGUCUCCUCUGUAGUAUUGCCAAAGGUAGCACAUUCAGUCUGACUGGGAUGUACACCCUGCGUAAGGGUGGAUUUGAUUUAAAUCACUAGUCAGUAAGACUUGAUUUAAAUCACUAGUCAGUAAGACUUGAUUUAAUUUUUUUUUUUUUUUACAGAAAGACUCAUUCUUGCUGGUAUAAUCUUAAUAUUUACAACCAGAUGAAGGUUUCAUUUUUGGAAUAAUAAAUUUUCAGAGUAGUUUUUACAGUUAUAUAAAAAAUUACUAUAAUGUAACUUAAAUAGACAACUAUAUUUAGAAAGAGGGGCGCUGGUGGCGCUGUGAGUAAAACCUCAGCGCCUAGGACUUGCCGAUCGCAUGGUUGGCGGUUCGAAUCCCCGCGGCGGGGUGAGCUCCCGUCGUUCGGUCCCAGCUCCUGCCCACCUAGCAGUUCGAAAGCACCCUUAAGUGCAAGUAGAUAAAUAGGUACCGCUUUAUAGCGGGAAGGUAAACGGCGUUUCCGUGUGCUGCUCUGGUGCCAGUUCACCGGAGCAGCUUCGUCACGCUGGCCACGUGACCCAGAAGUGUCUGCAGACAGCGCUGGCUCCCAGCCUCUAGAGUGAGAUGAGCCCACAACCCUAGAGUCUGUCAAGACUGGCCCGUACGGGCAGGGGUACCUUUACCUUUACCUUAUAUUUAGAAAGAUGUUCCCUCCAAAAACAUUUUAUUUUAAAAAUCCAAUUUAAAUUUUUGAAAUCCGAUUUAAUUUAAAAAACAAAACAAAAAAGCACCAUUGAUUUUUAUCCACCCUGCCCUGCGUUGAUUUGGGUUGGUCAAGUGGAAAAGGUAAGUCACCAUUGGCUGUCUGCCUCACGUCAUCCCCAGACUUACACAGACACUAUUCCUGAUUUGGCUACUAAGUUCUUGAAAUGUGUUGUCUAACAAUCUGUGUUUAAUUGUCUGAAAUGCAGAAUUUUCCAGUAAGGAGUACAGGGUGUCUAGUAGGAUUCCGGUCUGCUUAAUUUUCUUCUCAAUUCCUCUCAACCAUCAUGACAGUUGCUUAUUCAGCUAACAUGUCUGUAACCAGACUGUUAGGUUCAUUUCUAAAGUGCAGCUGCAACCAGAACUUGAAUGUUAGCAGCCAGGCUUUUGUUACUAAAAGGCAUUGGUUUGUUUCUAGGCAUAGGGCAGUGUAGGGGACACGAUUUGGUACACCAAUUUUUUUUCAAAGGAAAACUGAAGUCUUUCAGUAGCCUGAUUGAAGGCAUUUAUCCCAUAUGGUAGUUGUGUGCUUAAUCUAGCAUUGAACACCCUCAGGACUGCUGGAACAUACUGGUUCCCUUUGGAAUAAUAGAAACGAGUGAUCACUGACACACUGCUUUUAGCAGCAUUAAUGGCGGAUUCUCUGAGCUACCCAGCCAGCCUUAAAAUGAAAAUAAACACCUAGAUAUUUAAACCACUUAACUUGCUUGAUGGUGUUUCCUCUUAUCACCCACUUAUACUCCCAUGAGCCCACAAUAUCCAGAAACAGCAGUUCAUAAUAAUACUUUCAUCCUUCCUGCUAGCUUGUAUUCCUGUGUAAAUAUUUCCCAUUAUCCAACCUGAAAACACUGGCUGUGUUUUCUCUUUUGCAGGGUGUGUCUCUUUUUCAGGGUGUGUUUUGACAAAGUCCCUUUGGCAAUUGAUCAUUUCCCCCCAAAACAGAUCAGAAGAUAAUGUGAAACAAUUGUUUUUAGGCACCUGUUCAGUUUGAAGAGAGAAACGUGACAGCAAUACAAGGGCCAGGAGGCAAAUGGACAAUACCUCAAGAUGCCAAAGAAUCCAUGGACAAGAACAAAAUAGGACUGAAAGGUAUGUUGGAGGUUCCUGUUGACGGGGAGGGGGGGGGGAGAGAAAGAAAGAAAUAAAGGCGCAUCUUUACUGAACAAACCUGUGUUUAAUUUUGUACAGAGUUUUGCUCUAUACAAAUAAAUUUCUUAGUAACGUUCUGAACUUCCUUAUUCUAUAAGCCCACAAAGCCGUUAAUAGUUUGUGUCUAAGGACAGAAGCAUCAUUAUUGGAGAAAUGGUGUUGUUGCAGCAUGUCAUGUUCUCCAGCUCUGUAAAGUGCACAGAGCACCCUAGUUGUGUGUUUACUCAGAAGUAAGUCUGACUAUUCAGUGGGGCUUACCCCCAGGUUGUGCAAGUAGGAUUGCAGCCUCUCAAGGACAACUUGUAUAUAUUCCUCAAACAUUGCAUUUGAACUCCAUGUAAGUCUUCUUGUAAGACACCAGAAUAAUACGAUCCCUUCACUAUGAAAAGAACAACCUCAAAAGUGUUUCCUUCUACUGGUGCUUAAUGACUCAGCUCUCUUACAUAUGGGGCAGCCAGUGCUGUGUAGUAGAAAGUGGACUUCAGCUGGAGAAACCUGUGGCUAAAUUCCUAUUCAGCCAUGAAGCUCACCAGGUGACCUCUAGCCAGAGCCCAUCAUUAUCACUCAACCUAACCUCUUUCAAAGAGUUGUUGAUAAAUGGGAAAACCCCAUGAACUCUGAUCUCCUGGAGCAAACAAGAUCCACAAAUCUAACAUACAAUUUGUUCUGUUCAUGUCAAGCUCCCCUUCUUUCCCCCAGUAUGUAUAGGAAGUGUCAUGAGAAACAUUCCCUAAGCCUAAUUUUUGAUGGGUGUGAAGGUCCAGAGUAGAGAUGUGAAGUUUCUGGAAAUUUUGAAGCCAUAAGGAAAAAACGUUUCAAAAGUAAAGAAUGUUAGAGUGAUGUUGGACUGAAAAUAAGCGGUUUCCAGCUGUACAGGUUAAGGUUAAUGAUAGAUCAAGACUAAAGAUUAGGAUUAAAGAUGUUUAAUGAAAUGGAAAUUUGACAAUUAAGAUGUAAAAUUUUAAUGUUAUAUUACAUUAAGACUAAAGAUUAGGUUUAAAGAAGUUGAAGUUAUAUAUUUCAAUAUUAUAUUAAAUUAAAGACUGGGAUUAAAAAGUGGAAAAGAAAUUGCUGGACAAACAAUUUGGAUUGGAAUACAAAAGAGGGAGGUAUGAGGAAGUCCAGAAAAUAAGCAAAUUUAAAGACGGAAAUGGAAAAGAGAUAUUGUUUUUUUAAUUGUUAUGUUCUUUUUUUGUUGAUUUUUGUCUUUUGUGUUUUUUUUAUUUUCUCUUUGAGACUUGUAUGGUGUAUUUGUGUAUUUUUCUUUGAUGUUUUUCUUUUCUUUUUUUGGUUGUUUAAUUUUUGAUUGAAACUUUAAUAAAAUUAUUAUUAAAAAAAAAAAAAGGAAAAAACGUUUCCCCCCUGUUUUUUCCCAGAAAUAAUUGACAUUUUGGAAAAAUUGAAAAGAAGUUCAGUGUUACAAAUUGCAUGAAACAGAUUGUAGAUAAAAGUAUUUGCUUGCAAUAAAACAGGUAGCCACCCCCUUUCCCUCAAAAGCAACAAAAAAGGCAAGAAACCAUAAACAUAAAAAACAAUCAGAUUUGCCUCUUAGCACCAACAGCAAAUAAAGUUAAGGUCCACCUCAAUAUUUAAACUCCCUAGGAGGUCUACCCUUUGAGUACUGCUUUAAAAAGAAGGGGGGGAGACGCAACAUAUACAGUCACUUUAUUCUAUCUCAUUUUCUGAACUACUGCCAUCAUUCCUUCUUUGUCAUUUUUCUCAUGGACUUCAAAAGGGGAGGGGCUGUCCCCCCAAAAAAAACAUUUUCUGAUUUUUCCCCCAGGCCUUUCCAUCUGGGGCAAAGCAUAAGGAAGAUUUUUUGCAUGCCAGGCCCAGAAGUAACCAACAUUCAGUUACUGAAUAGUAUGUUGCACUAAGGCUCAAACUCUGUUUGAAAGGAAAAGGAGUGUGUGUGUUUUUGAAUUGAAUUUGUUAUUAUAUAUUAUAAACCGCAUGAUGGUAAGAGAGCUUUCUAAACAGUUUACAAAAAUGUACAACAGAAGAUUAAAAUGAUUGAUAAAACACAGUUAGAAGCAGGUAUUUAAGAGUAUUCAGAUGAUCAGCAAUGGUUAAAAGGAAGUAAAUCGCAUGCAGCUUCCACGUGUUCAGAUGGGCUGCCCUAAUGAAAAUGUUUUGAGCAGUUGCCGGAAAGAGUACAGUGAGAGAACCUGCCUGGUGUCAGUCGGCAGGGAGCUCCAAAGUGGGGGUGCUGGAAGGCCUGGGGGAAAAAUGGGGCAGUUUUUUCAGGUUUUUUCCAAAGCCAUUUUUUUCAGGAAAAAUGGGGGGGGGGGAGAGAAUAGUGUAUGGAAUAUUCAAACUAUAUCAAACUAUUUUUUUCAAAUUUUCCGGAAAAAAAUGGCUUUGGGAAAAACCGGGGGGAAACCUGGUUUCCCCCCAAAUUUUUCUGGUUUUUUUCCAGACCUUCCUAUCUCUAGUCCAGAGUGAUGAUGGAGGAGCCCUUCACUGGGGAAGGGAACCUGUAGCCCUUCACAUAACGGCUGAGGAACCACUUCCAUCAGGUCCAGCAAGUAUGGCCCAAAGGCCAGGGAUGAUAGGGCUUGUAGUCUAGCAACACCUAACCCCAGCCUCUGCCCGCCCCAGCCCCAUUCCAUCUUGUUUGAAUAUUCUUUUUUUUUUAAACCCAGAAAAAGAGGGGAGUCCUAAAUAAAUAUUCUACCUACUUCUGCUUGCUUACAUUUUCAUGCAUACUUCUCCCCAAAAUUGCCUCCAAAUAUUUUCUCAAUUCUGAUGCUGAAUUUUCUUUGUUAUGCUAACUGUAAAGGUAACAUAGCUCAGUGGUGGAGUGCAUCCUGUGCGUGCUGAAGGUGCAAAGUAAUUCUUUGCAGCUCUAUUUAAAAGAAACACAGCAGGUGACAGAGAAGAGCUCAUCCUGAAAUCCUGCAGAUCUGCUAUUUGCUAUUGUAUACAAUGCUAGACAAUAGACAAAGUGUGGCCUUCUUUGAAGCAGGUUCCUGUGCAGUUUCCCGAAGGAGAGGAAGAUCUGGGACUGCAGGACCUUUCCGUUGCCUCUCCUGAAGAACCAACAAUUUCUGACUCCUCUCCAAAAUUUUCUGUUCCUGCUGCAAAGUCUCCAUUACUAAGAAUUAGGGCCUGCUUUCCCCCCCUUCUCCCUCCCAGUCCCUUUUCCUUUUGAGUUGUAUCUCUUGGAUUGUGGGCCCGAGGACAGGGACUGUAUUGUCAGUGAUAUUUUUAAGCUGGUCUGGGAGCCUUUUUUUUUUUUUGCCAAACAGAAUAAAAAUGGCAAUAAUUUAUAAUCUAGUGACCUCCAAAUGUUUUGGACUAACACUUCUGUCAUCUCUGGCUGUGCUGACGGGGGCUGAUGGGAAUUGUAGUCUGAAGCGCCUGGAGGGUGCCGUGUCAGGGAAGGCUGUCCUGCCUGAUCCCCACACAGCCGCUUCUCUUACAUGUUUUCCUUCAGCAGAUUCCAAAAGUUUGAAAUCAUUCUUGCCUUUUGAAAUACUGCAGCUGAGGAUGAGGAACUUUCCUGCAGAAUAUAUCCCCAUUGUCAGGGAACUGGGGGCUGAGAAGGGGGAAAUGCUGGGGAAAUACAGAGAUAAGCCUCCGAUCGUAAGCAGCUGCACCUCAUCAUAGGGGGAGGAUGACGAAGGGUUGUCAGGAAGCAAUGAAUCAGGGAGGGGGGAGCAAUUUCCGGGGUUUAGCUCUUCACGUAAAAGAGAAAGGAAGAGGGGAGGGCUCCAGAAAUGGUUAUGCUGGAGAAAACGAAAGGAGGGGUCAGUCUCGGCAACUGAUACCGAAAGAGCCAGACGUGCUCUGAGAGCUCUGUGGUGUAAAUAGUAAAAUGGACCUAAUAAAUCCUGUAAAGCUGGCUGGAGUCCCGGGCUCUUAUCUCUUCUAGCACCCACCAAUCAUCCGUGACACCCAUUGUGUAAAAUACUGCUUAGUGCUGAGCAGUAUGCCAUGGCAAGUUGUAGCAAGAGCCUGGCAACAAGGACAGGCGUUCAUUAUAAGGGAGAAUGUCCCCUCCUCCCAUCUCAAACCAGAGGGUUUAACUCUGGAGUGGCGGCGAGGAAUGCUGUUGCUAAGGAGCAGGCCGUGGUUUGACAAUUGUACCUCGUCCAUUCCUUUUGUCUGUUUCAGGCCCUUUGAAAACACCCAUAGCUGCUGGCCACCCGUCAAUGAACCUGCUGCUUCGUAAAACAUUUGACCUUUAUGCAAACGUCCGCCCUUGUGUAUCGAUUGAAGGCUACAAAACCCCUUACACAGAUGUCGACAUAGUCACAAUACGAGAGAACACAGAAGGGGAAUACAGCGGAAUCGAGCACGUGGUAUGAGUGCAGAAUGCAGCCAGAAGCUAAAAAGCACUUGAACAAAUUAGCUUCCUUAACUGCUGUAGAAUUUUCUAAUGCAGUAUUCUGCGGGCUGGAUGAUUCACCAGACCAGCCCUGCCGGACCUAUACAGAAUUACUUUCUUAGGAGUCUGCUUUUGACUACCCAUGUAACCGUUUUGUGUCUUUCAGAUUGUUGAUGGUGUUGUACAGAGUAUCAAGCUCAUCACAGAAGAUGCCAGCAAACGCAUUGCUGAUUUUGCCUUUGAGUAUGCCAGAAAUAAUCAAAGAAGCAAAGUUACAGCUGUGCACAAAGCAAACAUUAUGUACGUGACCAUGAUGGUAACCCAGUUCUAAUGUGCAAAAGUCAUGCUGCUUUCUUUAAGGGACGAGCGUGUGUCGGUUUGCUGCCUCCUGUUGCUGCCGGAAGAGGAUGCCAUACAUUUGAUGGAGCCUUCUUUUGGCAGUCAGGCCUUUGUCAAAGUUUAAACUCAAUUCCCUUGCUCUACUUUAAAAAAAACAGUUUAUAUGUUAACUCACUAAAAAAUAGUUCUUCACGUGUUUAUGAAAUUAUUAGCCACUCUCUCCGUCAAAACCAUGGAGGAGAGUGGGAAGAUAACCUGCUGCUCCCGGCCUCCCCACAUCCAGAAGCUGAGUACGGAGUUGUGUGCAUGUGUGGGAAUGGUGUUGGGCAGAGUCUGGUGGCUUUAAAAGAGGAUUAGACAAAUUCGUGGAGGCAAAGGCUGGGACUGGCUAUUAGGCACAAUGGCUAUGCUCUCCCUCCAUUAUCUGAUACAUUAAUGCGGUUGAAUAGUGGUUGCCGGAAACCCCAGGAGGGGAAGGGGCUCGUGUGCCCCUGAUCCCACUUGCUGGUUUCCCAUGGGGGCAUCUGGCUGGCCCCUGUGAAAACAGGAGGCUGGACUAGAUGAGCCCCCUUUGCCCUGAGCUCUCAGGCACUUCUUACGUUCUUAAUUUCUGAUCGCAUUGAAGAGCCUUUUUUGGCUGAAGAGAGGGAUAAAAAUGCUCUAAAUAAAUAACAGCCAGGUUCUCAUCUUCCACUGGGGCCAUCAGAAGGGCUCCUGUUUCUCUCUCUCCCCAGUUUAGUCUGCUCUAUAUUAGAAUGUAAGAAUAGCACUCUUGUUUAGAAACCUUCACUCCUAAAUUCCAUUCGGUUAGAAAACCUUUUUCCCCAUAGCCCAGUAUGUUUUAUUAGAUGAAAAUAAUUCACCUCUUUUUCCUGUUUUUGGCAGAUGGUGCAUACUAGAGGUAAUUAUGAAAGUAAGCCUUAACUAAAAAAAGGUUUUGCAUAGAAAAAAGCUAAUUUUGUAUUAAUAAGGAUGUUUCAGUAAUCCAGGAUAGCACAAUUAAAUUUUGCAACAUUUGUCUAAAACUGUAACUGAGAAUAACCUAAACCUGAUGCUGCUGCAUGAAUACUGUGAUCGAAUUUGUAUUCAAAUCUGCACCUAGGGUGGAAAAAGAAAUUUUUGCCAAACGUUUGGUACAAUACAGUGUUGCUGUAUUAUUUAUAGCUGAGUGUGCCCACUUCCCUUGUCUCCAUAACUUGGAAUCACAAUGCUCCUGAACAAGGAAGGCAGAGCAACUUUUCAGUUUUACCACAGACUUCUUUUUUUAAUAGUCUAUGGUUAAAUACCUUGCUUUGAAAAUUUUAUGGUGGGUGAGGAUAUUGACAGUUUGUAUUUAUGUAUCUUAAACACAGUUUUGAAGGCCACUUGAGACCAUGGCCAAAGCAGCAAUGGCUCACCUGUGUCUCUCUUGGUGAUCUUGGACUACCGUUUUCUUCGCCAUUGGCCUUGCUGGCUAGGACUGAUGGGAGUUGAAGUCCAGCAUUAUCUGGAGGGCCACAGGUUAGCCAUUCUUGCUCUGAAGAGUUUACGUCAUGUUACGGUCACGGAACAAUCUGACUCAAAUAGUACCAUAGCAUUGUCCCUGGGUGGCAUGAAAAAGACCUUCCCUUGUAUAUCUGGAGGGCCCUUGCCAGCCACCCUAGCGGAUCAGCUACAGCAGUAAGUGAAAAAUCUCUCUUGGCUGGUCAGAUAUGUUUUGACCUUUCGUUCUCUUCAGUGGACUUGUCUACCAUAAUAUAUACUGAGCGCAGCCAAAAAGAAGAGAAACGUUUUGACCUCGCUGGCUUCCAGAGGGGUGUGUGCGCGCAUCAUUAUGUGUAUAGAUCUCUGUAACCAUUCAAGAGAACAGUAUCAAAUAUAACAAUAGCUUGUAAGGUCUCUGUGUAAUUUAGUGAUUGAGAGAGUUCCGAUCGCCGUUCAUCCAUGAAGCUACUGGGAGACCUUGUGCCAGUCUCAGCCUCACCUGCUGCUCCACAGGUUUAUUGGGAGAACAAAACACACGUUUGCUCCCUUAAGCAUCUAGGAGGAAAGGCAGGUUAUAAAUCUUCCUUGAGAAAUACAAUUUCUGCUUUUAGGGCAGAAAGCAUAAAAAUAACUUGUUAUAUCUCCAUCUUUCUCAUUCUCUUAAAAUUUGUGAAUUGCUUAAGAUUAGAAAGGAAUAUUACCUUUGAAACAUGGAUAUUUGCUUCUGAACUCAAACUAAACGCCUGGCAUGUUACACUAUCGUUGCCGUCGACAGGUGCUUUCCCUCUCUACUACUGUCCCCUCCCCCAUGUCUGAAUGCAACAUUAAUCUGGUACGCACAUCUAGGACCCUAAAAUGCGGCUUUUUUUCCCUUGAUGCACAGGCGAAUGUCUGACGGGUUGUUCCUGAAAAAAUGCAGGGAAGCAGCAGAAAACUGUAAAGACAUUAAGUUUAAUGAAAUGUAUCUCGACACUGUGUGUCUGAAUGUGAGUAUAUAGCAAACUCAUGAUUAAGGUGCUUCAUAGUUGCUAUUUUCCUCCUAAAAACAGCAGCUUAUUUCUUGUCCCUUAGAUGGUGCAGGAUCCAUCUCAGUUUGAUGUCCUUGUAAUGCCAAACUUGUAUGGUGACAUCCUUAGGUAAGGAGACUUGAGCUAGUGUGAAGGAUUUUAUGUACGUAUUUAUUUAUAAGAUGAUUAUAAACUGCUUUUCAACACAAGCUCUCAAAGUGGUGUGCAAAUAAUGAACAAAUCUCUGAAAAGCAGCCAUAAAACUAGGCCUUAUUUCUUGCAGAAGCCAAUUUUGGCCUGCUGCAUAAAAUGGAACUUGAAGCAUGUUAACUCAGAAAGUGCCCACUGCAAGUGCCCAAGGGGCAUUUGUGCCUUGCUUCACCUGGUUUGCCAGCUACAGCUCUUCCUGGAUCAGAAUAGCCUGGCUUCUCAGACACACACUAGUUAUAUCCUGGGUAGAUUUCUGAAAUGUGUUGUGCUCAGGGCUAAUCUUCAAGAUGUUCUGGAAGCUGCAGCUGGUGCAGAAUGCUGCUGGCCAGCAGGGAAGGACCACAUCCCUCCAGUUCUUAAAGCACUGCACUGGCUGCUGGUCAUCUGUGAGCCCAAUUCAGGGUCUUGCUGUUUUACAUGUAAAGCCCUAAACCACUUGGGACCCAGUAACUUGGGUGUCUUUUCCCCAGUGCCAACUGAUGCCUGCGUUACAAUCUGCAGGAGAUGCCUUACUCAUCCCAUCUCUUGGAGUUGUCAGGACAAUGUCAUGAGGUGGCAUUCUCUGUGGUGAUGCCCUGCUUAUAAAACUUUUCCAGCUGACAUCCAGUUUACUCCCACAAUAAAAACGUAUUAAAUGAAGACUAAAGACAUCUCAUUUGUCCAGGUUUUUGGACCACGAUUGGAAUUGAUUUUUCAGAGGUGAUUAUAGUUAUUUGUCACCACUGAUUUUGUGUUGUUGUUUUUUAAUUGUAUGUUCUAUUCAUUUAGUCUGUGUUGUUGGCCACCCUGUACUUCUGAUUGGAGGAACGGUUUUGGGAUACCUAAAAAGUCCAUCAGAGUGCAUCACUUGCUCACAGCUUCUCUGGGUCUUCCUGUGCUGCAGCUUUCUAAGUUUGUCUGGCCUCCUCCAUUCCUCAAGCCAUGCUUUGCACUGGCCUGCUCCUAUUUGCACCCAGUAAACAGGCUGUGCGUGACUGCACUCUGCCACCAAACACUCCUUUUGUGUUUUAGGUCCUUGUGAAGAUCAUCAUCUGUUUUCCACUAGCUCUGCUUUUUAGCUCCCUUUUUCCCCGAACUUCCCACUGCAAGUAUAUAAUAAUUUAAAGAGCCUAAAUAUACCAACUCAAAUAUUUAUUGUGUGUUUGCAUUUUCCUUCCAGUGAUUUGUGUGCAGGAUUGAUUGGAGGUCUUGGAGUAACACCAAGUGGAAACAUUGGUGCCAAUGGAGUCGCAAUCUUUGAAUCAGUAAGAUUCCUAUUCUGAAAUAAAAUUCUGGAACUUGAACUCUGAUUUUUGACAUAAUUGCUUUCUGGAAAAGCAAAUGCCUCUCUCUGCGGGGUUUUAAUAAGUUCAUAACAGGUCUGUUCAAGUGCAUGUAACAAAGAAGCUUGACUUCAGGACUGGAUUUCUGCAGUGCGCUCUGAGGGGGGCUUCCCUUGCACUCAAUCCAGAAGCUGCAGUUAGUGCAGAACUUCAGCAUGGUUGCUCGCUGAAGGGAGAACCUGUCAGCAGGUGACACCUCUGCUCAGAGAUCUGCACUAGCUGCCCAUUUGCUGCCAAGCCAGGUUCAAAGGGUUACUAAUGCUAUACAGUUGUACCUUGUUUUGUGUCCGGGAUCCGUUCUGGAGCCCUGGCCGCUAGCCAGAAAGGACAUAGGGUAAAGCGCCGCCUCUGUGCACGCACACAAAGCGCGAUUUAGUGCUUCUGUGCAUGUGCGAUUGGCAAACCCGGAAGUAACCUGUUCCAGUACUUUCAGGUUUGCCACGGAAGUUCGACGGAAUGGAUGCUAGACAAGGCGGAUGUUCACGGAGGUAUAACAGUAUAACAGGGUAGGAUAUGUUUGUUUGCAGGAUUGCCUUAUCCCAUAUAUGCCCACUCAACUGCUUCAGUCUAUUGCAGGUGCUGCAUCAUGCUUGUUCCUCACUUGUAAGAAAUAGAUCUGCAAGUCUGGCAACCCGUACGCUUUGGAACUCCCCGCCUGUUGACAUCAAGCAGGCGCCUUCACUGUACUCUUUUUAAUGCCAGAUGAAAACAUUUUUGUUUAGACAAGCCUACCCAGAUAUGUAGAAGUUGCAACUAUUUUGUUUCUUUCUAGCAAUUGUUUGUUGGAAUAUUUCUAAAUGCUUUUUUUAAACCAAUUUAAUGUUUUAGUCUAUAUUUGUGUAAAACACUAAGAGGUUUUUUAUUUUAUUUUUUUACAAUCAAAUGGUAUACAAUUUUUGUCAAAUAAGAAUUACUGAACGUAGCAAUAUUUUGAAAAGAGGAUCUUCCAAGGCAGCAUUUAAGCUGCCUUGGAAGAAUUAGGUAGAAUUAGGAGUUCAAAUUCACUUCUCAUACGGAAAUAUUAUUCAAUAUACAGCUGAGUUUGUUGUUCUUCCAAACAAGGGUGUAGUGUAGUGUUUUGUUUUGUUGUUUUGUUUUGUUUUGUUUUGUUUUGUUUUGUUUUGAUGUUGACUAGCAUUCACUGUUGGGAAAUUGCUUAGAAUCUUGGUCACACGCUGGUGUAGCACAGAGGCCAGCUGCAUCUGCCACUACCAGCAUCACCACUUACCUUGGCAGCAGUAGACAUGUGAUAAUAGACAGGCUUUGUAAAAAGCACCAACUUUCCACUGCUGGUGCAAGAUAAUCCACUGAAUCAAUACUUUAGUUUUAGCCAAAGAAUCAGGUCAGCAUUCUUUAUUUUCAUAGGUUCAUGGAACAGCUCCAGAUAUUGCUGGAAAGGACUUGGCAAACCCAACAGCACUACUAUUGAGUGCAGUGAUGAUGCUGCGACACAUGGGAAUGCAAGAAUACGCCACGAAAAUAGAAGAUGCCUGUUUUGAUACCAUCAAAGAUGGAAAGGUAUGCCUUGUCAGGGUUCACCUAUCACUGGCGAUCUCGCAAUCCAGUUUCUACAGAAUGUGAUUCAGAUAGGACUAGAGCACACGCUAUGCCAGGUUGGAAGAAUUUUCUGUUGUCCAGUUCCACUGACACUGAACAAGUCUCCCACUCUCUUCUACCAGGUCUAUAAAUGCUCUCUUUUGCAGCGCAUACACAAAAACUCUACUAGGUCUAUAGCGCCACCAGCUCCAAUUUGUGUCUCAGUAUUUGCUUUAGUUUCUAGCUUAUAAACAGUGCUGCUAGCAUUAUCUGUUAACUGGAGGUUGGCAUUUAGUUGGGAGACAAUAUUUAGCUGUUUGUAUCCAGCAACAAGCAUGUGUGCUCUGCAAAGAGGAGAAAGGAGUGCUUAUCUCUACCUGCAGGGUAGAUAGAUUCUCUUCUGCGUGAACUAGAUUGGUUUCUUAUUAUUGAAUUGAGCAGCGGUGAAAACGGAGAGCUUUCUUAUCAUCCCAGCGCUAUGUGUUAAGUGAGCAUAUAGGUGCUGAAUAAGAUUUUGAUUAGACGUUCAGAGUGCCUUUGGCACUCAAAAUUCAUACAGGUGGCACACGGGGGGAUACUAUAGCACCUGCUAUACAAGCAGAAGAUCCCAGGUUCAAUCCAUUGCCUUUCUUGGCUCAACCCAGACUUGUCACAAUAAUUAUGGAGAGGACACAGUCAGAUGGAGCAGCUGGCACUUGGCCCUGCUGAGCACAAAACACUUGAUGUCCAUCCAGUUGAGUUGGGCACCACUUUGCAAAAUGUCCAGCCUUUGAGAUGAUGGUUUGGAAAACCUUCCCUUAAUCAAGGACUAGCACAAGUCUUCUAACUUUGGGCACAGAAGGACAACACCACACUAUGUGUCCUGAUCCUGGAAAAGACUAUGUGGCUGUAGUUAGCUAAUUACAUUUCAUUAAACUGAAGCGUUUAAAGUGUCCAUUCUUCUUCACCAUCUUUUUCCAUCUUUCUUUUCAGGUCUUGACCAAAGAUUUGGGAGGUAACUCAAAGUGUUCAGAGUUCACAGCAGAGAUCUGUCGCAGAGUAAGGGCGAUGGAAUAA